UGCGCGCGCCAUAUAUGCAGUGAGACGAGAUAGUCCCCGGCGGAGGGAUCUCAGCUAGGGGCGGGAGAGCCUAUAUAAGGGUCGCGCCAGCGCUAUGACGCAUUUAGAUCCGCUUGACUCUACGUGACCGUUUCUCUGUCUGGAGCGCCGUCCUUGCGAAAAUGCAGAUCUUUGUGAAAACCUUGACGGGCAAAACCAUCACCCUGGAAGUAGAGCCCAGCGACACCAUUGAGAAUGUCAAGGCCAAAAUCCAAGACAAAGAAGGCAUUCCUCCAGACCAGCAGAGGCUGAUCUUUGCCGGAAAGCAGCUGGAAGAUGGGCGCACCCUGUCCGACUACAACAUCCAGAAAGAAUCCACUCUGCACUUGGUCCUGCGCCUCCGAGGUGGUAUGCAGAUCUUUGUGAAAACCUUGACGGGCAAAACCAUCACCCUAGAAGUAGAGCCCAGCGACACCAUUGAGAAUGUCAAGGCCAAAAUCCAGGACAAAGAAGGCAUUCCUCCAGACCAGCAGAGGCUGAUCUUUGCCGGAAAGCAGCUGGAAGAUGGGCGCACCCUGUCCGACUACAACAUCCAGAAAGAAUCCACUCUGCACUUGGUCCUGCGCCUCCGAGGUGGUAUGCAGAUCUUUGUGAAAACCUUGACGGGCAAAACCAUCACCCUAGAGGUAGAGCCCAGCGACACCAUUGAGAAUGUCAAAGCCAAAAUCCAAGACAAAGAAGGCAUUCCUCCAGACCAGCAGAGGCUGAUCUUUGCCGGAAAGCAGCUGGAAGAUGGGCGCACCCUGUCCGACUACAACAUCCAGAAAGAAUCCACUCUGCACUUGGUCCUGCGUUUAAGGGGCGGUAACUGAACUUGCUCCUGCUAGCAUCUGAAUAAAAAUUUCACUGCACCUUGUUCCAAUAAAGUUGUUGCAUUCACAA